AUGAGGGGAGUGAGACAAGAGACAGGUAUCACCCCUCAGACGCACAGCCAAUGGUAUGGCGGGCUUGUCAAGAACAGCAACUUGUGUGCUGGCUAUCAGCAAGGUACCAUCGACACUUGCCAGGGCGACAGCGGUGGCCCCCUCGUAUGCAAAGAUAAAAAUGCCGACUACUACUGGCUUGUUGGUGUCACUAGCUGGGGGACAGGCUGCGGGAGAGUACAACAGCCUGGAAUCUACACCUCCACUCAGCACUUUUACAACUGGAUCCUCGUCCAGAUUGGACUGCACCCAGCAGGAGAGCCUACUUCGGCACCAAUGUCUGCCUCAGGCCCAUUCCAUAGCCCAAUACCAACACAUGCAGGCAGACCUGGCUCCUGCCCAUUUCCACGCAAGAAGUUGGCGGACUUCUUUUCUCUGCUUCAGGAACUCCUGCAAGUCAUAACAGAAAGUGAGGCUUAAGCAGCAAGACAAACAGGAUCCAGGGCAGGCUGCAAUGUAUGGUGACCGUUUCCUUCUGGGGCAAUGCCCACUGAUCCAGAGGCAACCCCAGGGCCAAAGGCCUGCUCUGCUCAGCCUGUCCUCCUCUGACUGCCCACAAACCCUGAAAGCUUACUCAAUUCUAGAAAUAAAACUGCCUAUUCUCAGAGCUGACUAUGCCUCAGUCCAAUUCAGUCUCGGGGGCAAGGCAGGGACUUCCAUAGAUGGCACCUGAAACACGAGGCUGCGUGCAGCCAGGUGGCCACAAAGGCAAAGAGUCACCCAACGGGCUGAAACUCUGCCCGCUCAGAGAGGAGGGUGCUCACAGCCACACAGGCAGCAACGGGAUGGAGAAGGCUGGCAUACUGAGGCUAGGGAAAAAUGAUGUGGCAUGCAGAAGACUUUUGGGGAACGUGUGAAGGCAGGCAAGCGGAUGACUUGGCAGGCCCUGGCUUCAGGAUUUGCUAACUGAGCAGACCAAGAGCCACUUGACAUAAGAAAUAAGAGUGAGAAGCUGACAAGAGUUACAGACAGUGCCAUGAGGAAUGGCCAGAUUUCACAAGUGGUUAAGAGGAAGUAGUAUGAGAGACAGUGCAUAUUUAAGCUUCACAGAUAAUCGAAGAGAUUGCUGGGGUCCUUUUUGGGGAGUGGAAUCUGGCAAGGCCAGCACUACUAGAAAAUUGCAUCAGUAAUAACAUGGAAGUCCAAGAUGAACUAGGUAACAGCAUCUGAAAUACCAAAUAUGGGUAUUGAUGUAGCAAAACUGGGAGCAGUGGGCAAAAAGUAACCGGGGCGUGGUGGGGGGGGUGGGUUGUUUAUUUGGAAGGAGACUAGGGUGGAGAAUGGGAGGGGUCAAGGUAGAUGAGGGGGAAAUAUAGCAUGGGAAAAUGGAGAGUAGGGGGGGAUAAAGGGGCCAGUCACACAUAAACAAACUGCUCAUCUAACUGAGCCUUGCAGCACAGUCUAUGUUACCUUCUUUAUAAAAGCUAUUCCAAACCAUUUUCUGUGUAACCCUGCUCUCUUCCUUGUGUGAGUGUGUGUCGAGAGGCUUGGGUGCUAGCAAUGGGAGAAGGGAACACAGGUCCUAGGGGCCCAUAGGCCUGGGAGCCAGUAGUUGGAAACAUCAGGUGUCUAGGGCCAGCUACUGGUGGGAUCCCUGUGUGCGUGUGUAAUUCACAAGCACUCGUCAAGCUGGACUAGCACACAAACAAGAUGAGACCCACAUCUGGAAAGGCCCAAGGUCUGAGCCGAUGCCUGAGUAAGUAGCCUGGCAUCUGGGCAUGGAUAUUAGAUGGGCUUAAUGCCCUGCUAAUAUUCAAGGGAUCCAUGGAUGUGAGCUGCUUGUGCAUCUAAGAAGUAAGGGUGUGUUUAUGCUUCACUAGUGAACAUCAGUCAUGAUCAGCUGCAGGAGAAGAAAAGGACUGGGCUAUGUUCAUGUGAGUGCUGUUUGUUUUAAGAGUGGUGCCUUUACCAGCACCCACUAUCUGUGUUAAUCUGUUUUGCGAGUCACAUGAGGGGGGGGGUGUGUGUGUGCACACGCGCGCGCGCGGGUGUGCGUGCGUGCAUGUUUGAGUAUGUAUCUGGCUCUUUGGAAUACACGCUAAGUCUUUGGAUCCGUACACUGGAACGUGCAGCCACAUCCAUCAAACUGGGAUGGGAGAAACCUUCUGGGUGUGAGAGUCCACCCCAUUCAGCUCUAGUAGGCCUGAAAAGAGAAAUUCCCUGAGUCCAGAAGUCCACUGGAUUUGGCUGCUCCAUAAUAGAAGGGGAAGAGAAACCCAGAGAAACAGCGCAGCAGAGACCAAAUGGGUGCAGAGAGAGGCAGCACUGGAUAAG